CUCGGAGCCGGGCACAGCCGCUGCUGCUCCCUGCUCGGGGCUCUGCCCCCCGCCGCACGCUGUCUCCGGAGGGCACAGAGGGUACCAUGGCUUCGCCGUCACUUGUCCUGCUGCUGCUGCUGGCAGCAGGGGCUGCGGCCGCGCAAGGCAGGGCUGGGCAUCCUGGCGAAAGCAGAGCCCACCACGGGCAGGGUGCAGAUGAGGGCGAGGCUCUGCCGGCGGCUUCCCAGGACAGUCCUGGGCUGCAGGUGACGAGAGAGAGGCUGCGGCGGGGCACAGAGGAGGACUCCAAGUCGGUGCAGCAGUACGUGCCAGGGGUGCGCAUAGAAUUCCCACGGCCUCUCAACUCUGCCAGCUUGCAUCCCACCAAGACCCUGCUGCCAUCCAGCACAGACCCAUCUGAUCAGCAGCAAGGGGUCCCCACAGAUGGGGAGGGGGCAAAGCCCCAGGCCAACCUCACGACUGUGUCUGACAGGCGGCUGCAGAUCCAGAACCCCCUGUACCCGGUGACCGAGAGCUCCUACAGCGCCUACGCUGUCAUCUUCCUCUCCCUCAUCGUCUUUGCUGUGGGCAUCGUUGCAAACCUCUCUGUGAUGUGCAUUGUGUGGCACAACUACUACAUGAAGAGCGCCUGGAACUCCAUCCUGGCCAGCCUGGCUUUCUGGGACUUCCUCAUCCUCUUCUUCUGCCUGCCUGUGGUCAUCUUCAACGAGAUCACCAAGAAGAGGCUGCUGGGGGAUGUGUCUUGUCGCAUCGUGCCCUUCGUGGAGGUGUCGUCGCUGGGAGUCACCACCUUCAGCCUCUGUGCCCUGGGCAUUGACAGGUUCCACGCAGCCACCAGCCCUGCGGCCAGUGCCCGGCCCAUUGAGAGGUGCCAGUCCAUCCUCGCCAAACUGGCUGUCAUCUGGGUGGGCUCCAUGACACUGUCGGUGCCGGAGAUCCUGCUCUGGCAGCUGGCACAGGACGCCUCGCCCAUGUCCGGUGUGGCGACAGAGUACUGCACCAUGAAGCCCUCGUCCAGCCUGCCCGAGUCCAUCUACUCCCUGGUGCUCACCUACCAGAACGCUCGCAUGUGGUGGUACUUUGGCUGCUACUUCUGCCUGCCCCUCCUCUUCACCAUCAGCUGCCAGCUGGUGACCCGGCGCGUCAGCGGCACCCAGAAGCCGGAGCGCCGCGGGGCCAAGCCCAGCCAGUGCGAGCGGCACCUGAACUGCACCAUCGUGGGGCUGGCCACCAUCUACGGGCUCUGCACCACCCCCGAGAACGUCUGCAACAUCGUGGUGGCCUACAUGUCCCCUGCCCUCUCCAAGCAGACCCUGGACCUGCUCAACCUCAUCAACCAGUUCUUCCUCUUCUUCAAGUGCUCGGUGACGCCUGUGCUGCUGCUCUGCCUCUGCAGACCCCUGGGCCAGGCCUUCAUGGACUGCUGCUGCUGCUGCUGCGAGGGCUGCGGCCCCGACACGGCUUCCAGCGAGGGCAGUGCCGACAGCAAGCUCAAAACUGAGAUGUCCUCCUCCAUCUUCUUUGACAAGCCCCGGGAGUCCCCACCCCUCCUGGCCCUCGGCACACCUUGCUAAGUGCCGCCAGGGAGCUGUAGAGAUCAUUCCAUCACCUCCUCCCAAGACCAAACACUGUUUUGCCAUUAGUGCCUGUGUCUGGACGUGGAGCAAGCAGAAGAGACAGCUCAGGGGCUGCACCACGGGUUUCAAACCCCACCUCAGGCAAGUAGGGCUCGAAACCCCAGUCCCCAUGGCUCCAUUGGCAGCCUUCUUGCCCCUGCCCAAAGGCCAACAAGGACAUCAGCACCACCCCAGCCUGGCUCCUAGCCUGGCUCACAGCGGGUGCUGCUCUGGAGAUGGAGUUGUGCCAGAGAAGUCCCGUCUGAAACUGCCGAGGGGCUCCAUGGUGGCAUGCAGAGGACACAGCAAACACAAACUGCCCUCGUCCUGUCCCAUCCUGUCCUGCCAGACCCCUCCACAGUAGGAGCAGGUCCCAGUGCCCCUGUGUCCUACCGGCUCCAGCAGUGCCCUGUAAGAGCUCAAUAAACCAGUAACUAGAA